CGCGGCCCAUAAAGCCCAACACGUUUUUCUAUUAGAGAGUCAAAACGGUCGUGGAAGAAUUUAUAUGGUAGACCAUAAAACAAGGAGUCUAGUUUUGAGAUCCUUGUAUUCUUUUUUUGAGAGUCACUAGCUAUAAUGUGAAGUAGUUAUGUUGUGUGGUGUAGAGAGGCUCUUUAAUUUAGCUCAUUUGAAAUCUCCUUAGUUUCAGCACCAUCACUCUCUCUCGCGACACUAAACACAAACACAAUAAUGGAAUAGGAAUUAGAAUGGGAAAGGUAUGAGAGAUUACAUUCCCAAAUACCUGAAUGCCUUUCUCUUGGCAUUUGCCACUUUUGCUGUAGUCUUUGCAAUUUUCAUAGCAAAAGAUUCAAAUUCAUCUUCUCAUCUCUAUUUUUCAACAUCUUCUUCACUAUGGACCUCUUCCUUCUCCUCCGCCUUCAUCACGGAAAAAAGAAAGAGAAACGGAUCAAAUCCAGGUUCUGGAUAUUGGAAAAGAGAUGGGAAAGUAGAAGCAGAAUUGGCAACCGCGAGGGCGUUGAUCAGAGAAGCUCAAUUAAACUCUAAUUCUACUGCAUCGUCUCCCCUCGGAGACGAAGACUAUGUUCCUCAUGGCGACAUUUACCGGAACCCUUAUGCCUUUCACCGAAGUUAUCUUCUUAUGGAGAGGAUGUUCAAGAUAUACGUAUACGAAGAAGGAGAUCCGCCAAUAUUUCACUAUGGUCUUUGUAAAGACAUAUACUCCAUGGAAGGAUUGUUCCUAAACUUUAUGGAAAACGAUGUCCUUAAGUACAGAACCCGAGAUCCGGACAAGGCUCAUGUCUACUUCUUACCUUUUAGUGUUGUCAUGAUCCUACACCAUCUUUUCGACCCAGUUGUUCGAGAUAAGGCUGUCCUAGAAAGUGUCAUCGCCGACUAUGUCCAGAUAAUUUCCAAGAAAUAUCCGUAUUGGAACACAAGCGAUGGGUUUGAUCACUUCAUGUUGUCUUGCCAUGACUGGGGACACAGGGCAACAUGGUAUGUAAAGAAGCUAUUUUUCAAUUCCAUAAGAGUACUAUGCAACGCCAACAUAUCAGAAUAUUUCAAUCCAGAGAAAGACGCUCCGUUUCCUGAAAUCAAUUUACUGACCGGAGAAAUCAACAACUUAACCGGUGGUUUAGAUCCAAUCUCUCGUAAAACACUUGCUUUCUUCGCUGGGAAAUCACACGGCAAAAUCCGUCCGGUUCUUCUAAACCACUGGAAAGAGAAGGACAAAGACAUUCUGGUUUACGAGAAUCUACCGGAAGAUUUAAAUUACACGGAGAUGAUGAGGAAAACCCGGUUUUGUAUUUGCCCGAGCGGUCACGAAGUUGCUAGCCCGAGAAUACCGGAAGCGAUAUACAGCGGAUGUGUACCGGUUCUUAUCUCGGAGAACUAUGUUUUGCCGUUUAGUGAUGUUUUGAAUUGGGAGAAGUUUUCGGUUUCGGUAUCGGUUAAGGAAAUACCGGAACUAAAAAGGAUAUUGAUGGAUAUACCGGAAGAGCGGUAUAUGAGACUGUACGAGGGAGUGAAGAAAGUGAAGAUGCAUAUAUUGGUUAAUGAUCCCCCAAAGAGAUAUGAUGUGUUUAAUAUGAUUAUACAUUCCAUUUGGUUAAGAAGAUUAAAUGUUAAAUUGUUAUGACACGUUAAUGCCUA